GUAUUGUAAUAAGAAGAGCUCUAUAAAACUGUCUGACUGAAAGAUUGUACUAGAGUCACUGUAAGAGAUUAUGAAUAAACCAGUCGUCUUGACCACGUGGGUCUUCUGUCUGCUUGCUGCUGGUCUGUGGCUGCCAGUGCAGGCUUCUAUACAAGCAAGCGACCUGGACCUGCUGGGACAACAGCAACACACUAGGCCUGUGAAGACUCUGAGAGACCGUAUUGCUAGCGGAAUCUCAGGAAGAUCUCUGGCAAGAGGUGCACUGGAGCCGUUCACCAUCCUCCCUCACUAUGACCCCUCAAUUCAACUACUAACAAAAGAGCAGCAGAGAGUGCUUAAGACUGUACUAAUGGAUAGUGCCGUGCAAUGGUUAUCGGAUGCCCUGAGAGCAAGACCAAUGGCUACACCAAUCAAAUUCGAGAGGCCUUGCCUGAACACACACUAUCUGGUAAAUGGAGUCAAGUAUUGCCGAGACGGCUGCUCCUCUCAGGCAAAGUGUGGACCAGUCACAAUCCCCGAGGAACAUUUAGCGUCUUGCAAGAGCUGCUCCAGACCAGGCCUUCAGUGUGAGAAUGGUGCAGUGAGGGGUGCUACUAGUAAAGUCAAGAUAGUUCACUUCUUGCUCUAUGUCUCUGCCAUAGCCGAAGCUCAUUGCAUAAAAGAUUCGCUGUACAGUGGCUUAGGAAUGCUUGAGGGAGGCCAUUGUCUGCAAGAGCAAGAGUUUGACCGACCAGUGGCGGGCUACAUCAACUUCUGUCCUGAGGCACUCUCUAUUGACCCAGCUACCUUCUCUCGUCAACAGCAUGCACUCAUGCAUCAGCUCAUACACACAUUGGUAUUCUCUGAAGACCUGUUCCCCUAUUAUCAUAACGAGGAAGGGUAUCCCCGCACUAGGAGAUAUGCUGAUGGAAGUGUCUUCCAGUACAUACCCUCAGGCAAGAACUCAGUGGCUCUCAACACAGUGCGACUUGUAAGGAGGGUGCAUUGGACCACUCUCACUCCCAACCAGCAGAACACAGUCAGCAUGGUCGUUACUCCAAACGUUGUCCGGGAGGUGCGUGCUCACUUUGGGUGCGAGUCAUUGGAAGGGGCGGAGCUUGAGAACCAAGGAGGUGGGGCCGUGGCAGGAAGACACUGGGAGAACAGAGUCUUUGGAGAGGAGCUAAUGACGGGCAUGUUAGCCUCCCACCAUGUACUGUCCAGGGUUACCAUGGCUUUGCUGCAUGACUCAGGGUGGUAUCUGCCAGACUACUCUUACGCCGGCCAGCUGUCUUGGGGGCGUGGAAAAGGCUGCUUGUUUGUCAAGGACAGCUGUGGGGGUUGGAUGUUGUCUCAGGGUAGGGACAAAGAGCCACUGAGCCCGUAUUGUGAUGGCAAGGACUUUAAGAACGAGAGAACGGGAUGUGUCAAUGGUCGUACUGGCGUUGGACCCUGUUUAAUACGUAACUACACCAUUCCACUGCCUCAAGAGUAUCAGUACCUGUCUCGACGGAGAGGGGGUACUCAGAUUUUGGCUGACUAUUGUCCACUGUAUGGGAUGUGGGAGCAUGGAGAUUCCAGGAUCGGGAGCAGUUGCCUCACACACACUCACAGCCCUCCCCCUCAUAUGAACUUUGCCCUCGAGGAGUACGGUAUUGGAUCAAGGUGUUUUGAGCAGCCAGAGCCUCUAAGACGAAAUGAGAGUAAUAAGACCUCCUCCAGUGCAGUAGACUUUUUCAAGGGAGUGGAGGGGAAAAGAGGAGGACUGUGUUACAAAUUCAGCUGCUCUGCUCGAAGAGUGCUAGUGAGAGUAGGCGAUGAGACACUGCGUUGUGGGAAGGAGGGACGGAAGCAAUGGUUCAAGUAUAAUGAGGGUGGAGUCACUUAUGAGGGCUCUAUUGUGUGUCCCUCCUACGAAGAGCUGUGUGCGGGUUAUGACUGCAUCAAUAGAUGCUCUGAUCAUGGGACCUGCCACCUGGGCCAGUGCCGCUGUUACCAUGGCUACUACGGAGAUGAUUGCAGUCGGUCAUAUGCUCAGAAACUGUUGUCUUGUCACAAUGUAACUUGCCUCAAUGGAGGAACAUGCAAUAAGAGCCUCGAAUAUGGAUUCGAGUGCACUUGUCCUCCGGGGCUUACAGGAGCUCUCUGUGAACAGGAAAUUAUUGCCGACCCCUGCAUUAAUGUUGAUUGUCACAGAAACGGAACCUGUGUUAGAACGGAUCAUGGCCGUGAUCCCAAGUGUAACUGUUACCAUGGAUACGAAGGACAACAAUGUCGUUUAAUCAAAGACUUGUGUUUAUCUGAAGGUCGACCGUGUCUCAACAAUGGCAGCUGUAUCACCAACACCACUCUCUGUGCCUGUCCCCGGGAAUGGUGGGGUCAACACUGUGAAAACAGGGUCAACUUUUGUGUACCUAUCAACCCAUGCCCUCAGGGUCAUCUCUGUACACACCAUAACGCCACUCAGAGCUACAGCUGCUCCUGUCCCCAUGGCUACACUGGACCUACUUGCAGUAAGCUCAUUGUGGAUCACUGCGCCGAGUCUCCAUGUCACAACAAUGGGACAUGUGUCAGCCUGCUUGAUGGCUUCAAGUGUCUCUGCCCCCGAGGGUAUAAGGGGGGACGCUGCAAAAAAUUAGAGAACCCUUGUAAGGAGAGCCCUUGUGGAGAAGGUGGGCGAUGUCGGAAACUGGACGAGGGACAAUGGGGCUCUAUCACAUGUGAGUGUCAACAUGGAUACAGCGGACACUUCUGUGAACUGACUGCAUAA